GUGGACGUCGCUUCCAUGGCACCGUUCAAUAUUGCAUAUGAGCUGCUAGUCACCAGGCUGGAGAACUUCCAACUUGAGACCAACAAAGCCUUUAACUUCACUGCCAGCCCUUCCCAGCCCCAGUAUUUUCUGUACAAAUUUCCUCAGGGUGUCGAUUCAGUUAUUAUUAAUGUGGUGUCUGAUGCAGCCUACCCGUGCUCAGUUGUCUCUGUCCAGGACAUUGUGUGCCCAGUGUAUGACCUGGACCAUAAUGUGGAAUUCAAUGGAGUUUAUCAGUCUAUGACAAAGCAGGCAGCCAUAACAGUGCAGAGAAAAGAUUUCCCAGGUGAGCAGUUCUUCGUUGUGUUUGUCAUUAAGCCAGAGGAUUAUGCCUGUGGGGGUUCUGUGCCUUCUUCAAUUCCUGGAAACGUUAACCGUACCUGGAACCUGCAGCGGACAAAGAACCUUCAAGUGACGAUUGUGCCCUCCAUUAAAAAGUCUGUUUAUGUCCAGGCCAUGUUCUUCAGCUUCCUGAGUUUCCUCUCCUUUUACCUGGGCUCAGUGGUUGUUGCUUUUGUGCACUACAUUAGGGUUCAGAGGAAGGCUUCAGCUGGGAGACUGAGCCCUGAGCAUGGAUCUGGGAUGAUGACUUCUUCACACCCCAUCUCAGCCAGCACUCCUGAGGGAAGCAGCUACGGUGCUAUUGACGAGUCCAGCUCCAGCGGUGGACGUCAGCUGUCCUCCCCGGAGCGCAGGCCCCCGGCUGGCUCGGACACAGACAGCUCCGUGGAGGAGGAGAGCGACUUCGACACCAUGCCAGAAAUUGAGAGUGACAAGAACAUCAUACGCACGAAGGUGUUCCUCUAUCUAUCAGAUUUGUCCAGGAAAGACCGAAGGAUUGUCAGCAAAAAAUACAAAAUCUAUUUCUGGAACAUCAUCACCAUUGCGGUGUUCUAUGCCCUGCCGGUCAUCCAGCUGGUCAUCACUUACCAGACGGUAGUGAAUGUGACUGGCAAUCAGGACAUCUGCUACUACAACUUCCUGUGUGCUCAUCCCCUUGGUGUGCUGAGUGCCUUCAAUAACAUCCUCAGCAACGUGGGCCACAUGAUGCUGGGCUUUCUCUUCCUCCUCAUCGUGUUGCGCAGGGAUAUCCUCCACCGUCGGGCCAUGGAGAUGAAAGAUAUCUACACCCUGGACUAUGGGAUCCCAAAGCAUUUUGGUCUCUUUUAUGCUAUGGGCAUUGCUCUGAUGAUGGAAGGGGUGCUGAGUGCCUGUUACCAUGUCUGCCCUAAUUACUCCAAUUUCCAGUUUGACACCUCCUUCAUGUACAUGAUCGCAGGACUGUGCAUGCUCAAGCUCUACCAGACCCGGCACCCAGACAUCAAUGCCAGCGCCUACUCCGCCUAUGCCUCGUUUGCUGUGGUGAUCUCCCUGGCUGUCCUUGGAGUGGUGUUUGGAAAAAAUGACAUGUGGUUCUGGGUUAUUUUCUCACUGAUCCACGUUUUGGCCUCACUGGCUCUCAGCACCCAGAUCUACUACAUGGGUCGCUUCAAGAUCGAUGACCCUGACUCAGACACGGGCAUAUUUCGGCGAGCAGUGAUGGUGUUGUACACGGACUGUAUCCAGCAGUGCAGCCGACCAAUGUACAUGGACAGGAUGGUGCUGCUCAUCGUUGGGAACCUGGUCAACUGGUCCUUUGCUAUCUUUGGGCUGGUGUAUCGGCCUAGAGACUUCGCCUCCUACAUACUGGGAAUCUUCAUCUGUAACCUGCUGCUGUAUCUGGCCUUCUACAUCAUCAUGAAGCUCCGCAGCUCUGAGAAACUCCUGCCCAUCCCCAUGUUCUGCAUCGUGGCCACAGCAGUGGUGUGGGCAGCUGCCCUCUACUUCUUCUUCCAGACCCUCAGCAGCUGGGAGGAGACUCCAGCCGAGUCCCGGGAAAAGAACCGGCCGUGCAUCCUGCUGGGAUUCUUUGAUGACCACGAUGUCUGGCACUUCCUCUCUGCAGCUGCCUUGUUCUUCUCCUUUCUGGUCCUGCUGACCCUGGACGAUGACCUGGAUACGGUGCGCAGGGACAAGAUCCCAGUGUUCUGA